AUGGCCAGGGAGCGGGCCUGCGAGUCCCCGGAAGAGAGACUAAUAGACAAGUCACGAGUAACCUGUGUCAAAUGGGUUCCCGGUUCGGAAAGCCUUUUCCUAGUAGCCCAUUCGAGUGGGAACAUGUACUUGUAUAAUGUGGAGCACACUUGUGGCACCACAGCCCCCCACUACCAGCUUCUGAAGCAGGGAGAGAGCUUUGCCGUGCACACUUGCAAGAGCAAAUCCACGAGGAACCCUCUCCUCAAGUGGACGGUGGGCGAGGGGGCCCUCAACGAGUUUGCUUUUUCCCCAGAUGGCAAGUUCUUAGCCUGCGUGAGCCAGGACGGGUUUCUGCGGGUGUUCAACUUUGACUCGGUGGAGCUGCAUGGUACGAUGAAAAGCUACUUUGGGGGCUUGCUGUGUGUGUGCUGGAGCCCGGAUGGCAAGUACAUUGUGACAGGUGGAGAGGACGACUUGGUGACAGUCUGGUCUUUUGUAGACUGUCGAGUAAUAGCUAGAGGCCAUGGGCACAAAUCUUGGGUCAGUGUUGUGGCAUUUGAUCCCUAUACCACUAGUGUAGAAGAAAGUGACCCUAUGGAGUUUAGUGGCAGUGACGAGGACUUCCAAGACCUUCUUCAUUUUGGCAGAGAUCGAGCAAAUAGUACGCAGUCCAGGCUGUCCAAACGGAACUCUACAGACAGCCGCCCCGUAAGCGUCACAUAUCGGUUUGGUUCGGUGGGCCAGGACACACAGCUCUGUUUGUGGGACCUUACAGAAGACAUCCUUUUCCCUCACCAACCUCUCUCAAGAGCAAGGACACACACAAAUGUCAUGAAUGCCACGAGUCCUCCAGCUGGAAGCAAUGGGAACAGUGUCACAACGCCCGGGAACUCUGUGCCCCCUCCUCUGCCACGGUCUAAUAGCCUUCCACAUUCAACAGUCUCAAAUGCUGGCAGCAAAAGCAGUGUCAUGGAUGGGGCCAUUGCUUCUGGGGUCAGCAAAUUUGCAACUCUCUCACUACACGACCGGAAGGAGAGGCACCAUGAGAAAGAUCACAAGCGAAACCAUAGCAUGGGACACAUUUCUAGCAAGAGCAGUGACAAACUGAAUUUAGUUACUAAAACCAAAAUGGACCCCGCUAAAACUUUGGGAACACCCCUGUGUCCUCGAAUGGAAGAUGUUCCUUUGUUAGAGCCACUGAUCUGUAAAAAGAUAGCACAUGAAAGACUGACUGUAUUAAUUUUUCUUGAAGACUGUAUAGUCACUGCUUGUCAGGAGGGAUUUAUUUGCACAUGGGGAAGGCCUGGUAAAGUGGGCUUAUUGUCAUCCCCAAACCAGGCCAAUUCUCCAGGUGGAACUGUAGUGUAGCGACCCCACCACUGCUUGCAAAUUCUCCCCCGGACAUGGACUUGAGGCAGUGACGACGACAGAACCAUGUGUCACGCUGGAGCCACGUGCUGGCAGCGACCUCAGGCGGGUGGACUUCGGCAGAGGGCUGUGGUUGGGCAGCCGCUCGUUCUCAGCGUGUUCUCCGCUGCUCACCCAAAGAAGUUGCUUCCAUUUCAAACCAGUCUUUUGGGGCUGCAGUAAAAAAUAAGAAAUGGAGUUUUCUUGCUUUUUACUCUAAAAUUCGAUGUAAUUAAAUCAUUAUAUAUAUGUAUAUAUAUAUAUAUAA